AUUAAUGAGCUUGAUAACUAUGUGGCAUCCAAGGCAGUUGAUAUUGUUCAAACUUAUCUGGAGAAAAAUUCAAAUUAUGGAUUAACAUUGCGAAUUGACAAAGUCGAAGCAAAUAAAACAGAUGCGAAGGGCCUGCUGGAAUCAAUGUGUGCAAAAUAUGGCGAUAGUAUUGAAAAGAAUCAACUACCACAUGUGAUAUUUGAUUCGACAAAGUUUGGUUUGGCAUCGGAUACGGUCAAAUCCUUUGCCAUUGCGCUGGGAUUACCCACUGUAAGUGCAUCAUGUGGUCAUGAUGGUGAUCUCAGACAAUGGUCCAAUAUGGAUGAGGAUAAACAGAAUUAUUUGCUACAAGUUAUGCCACCUAUCGAUAUUAUCCCCGAAGUUAUCCGCAGUAUUGUGCAAAAAUUGCAUGUCACCAAUGUCGCUAUAUUGUACGAUGAAACCUUUGUAAUGGAUCACAAAUAUAAAUCGCUAUUGCGAAACAUGCAGACUAAACAUGUGAUCACAUCUGUCGCUAAGGACGAUAGUAAACGAAAAAAACAAAUUGAACGCUUGCGAAAAUUGAAUAUAACUAAUUUCUUUAUUUUGGGCAAUUUGUCAACGAUAAAUCUUAUAUUGGAAACAGUGAAGCCAACCUUUUUUGAACGUACAUUUGCUUGGUAUGCCAUAACGCAAAACGAAGGCGAAAUUACUACAAAGCGAGCCAAUGUGUCCUUACUCUUUUUGAAACCCGUGGUUUAUUCACAGAAUCGAGAACGUUUGAUACAACUUAGAACUAUUUACAACUUAAACGAAGAACCGCAAAUUAUGUCUGCCUUUUACUUUGAUUUAGCAUUAAGGACCUUUCUGGCCGUCAAUGAACUGCUGCAAUCAGGUACUUGGCCCAUUGACAUGGAAUAUUUGCAUUGUGACGACUUUCAAGGAGGAAAUACACCAAAAAGAAAUAUUAAUCUGAAACAGGCAUUCAUGCAAAUUAACGAACCAACCUCGUACAGUGAUUUCGAGUUGGCCAAACAGCCGGAAAGCCCCUUUAAUGGAUACAGCUAUGCAAGGUUUGCAAUGGAAAUAAAUGUCGUACAGUUUAUUGAUGAGAAUUCACCGAAUCGUAAAUCAAUUGGUAUUUGGAAUGCUGGUUUAGAUUCACCAUUUGUGGUUGAAGAUGAGGAAAACAUAAAAUCUAUAGCCGCACCAAUUGUCUAUCGCGUUUCCACUGUUGUGCAAGCUCCAUUCAUAAUGAGAGAUGAUACUGCUCCAAAGGGCUUCAAAGGCUUUUGCAUUGAUUUGAUGGAUGAAAUCGCGCAUAUUGCCAAUUUCGCCUACACAAUAGAAGAGGUGGGUGAUGGUAAAUUUGGACAUAUGAAUGAGAAGGGAGAAUGGAAUGGCAUUGUGAAGGAACUAUUGGAGAAUAAGACAGACAUUGGGCUGGCGUCAUUUACUGUCAGGGCAGAACGAGAAAAUGUUAUUGACUUUACGGUGCCCUAUUACGAUUUGGUGGGUAUAGGUAUUAUGAUGCAGAAACCUAAAAUUCCCAGCACAUUGUUCAAGUUUCUGACAGUGCUAGAGCCGAAUGUAUGGCUGUGUAUAUUAGGUGCCUAUUUCUUCACCAGCUUCCUGAUGUAUAUUCUUGAUCGUUGGAGUCCCUAUAGUUAUCAGAAUAAUAUAGACAAAUAUAAAGAUGAUGAGGUAAAGCGAGUGUUUAACCUGAAAGAAUGUCUUUGGUUUUGUAUCACCUCCUUGACUCCUCAAGGUGGGGGUGAGGCCCCCACAAAUCUAUCAGGGCGUUUAGUGGCUGCAACUUGGUGGUUGUUUGGUUUUAUUAUAAUCGCUUCGUACACAGCCAAUUUGGCUGCCUUUCUGACCGUUUCGCGUUUGAGCACGCCCAUUGAGUCCUUAGAUGAUUUGGCAAAACAAUACAAAAUAUCAUAUGCCCCUGUCCACGAUUCUUCGGAAAUGAUCUACUUCGAGCGCAUGGCUAAUAUAGAGCACAUGUUUUAUGAGAUUUGGAAAAACCUCUCUUUAAACACAUCCUUGACGCUCCGGCAAAAAUCUAAGUUUGCUGUAUGGGAAUACCCAGUCAGUGUCAAAUAUACUAGAAUAUGGCAGGCCAUGCAGGACGCAAAAUUACCAAACACCCUAGACGAGGCAGUGGCACGUGUUCGAAAUUCAACCCCCGGUAACGAAUUUGCUUUCCUAGGAGAUUCCACAGAUAUUCGUUAUCUUGUAUUGACCAGUUGCGAUCUUGAAAUGAUCGGAGAAGAGUUCUCGAGAAAACCUUAUGGCAUUGCGAUUCAGCAGGGCUCUCAUCUAAAGGAGAUUCUAAAUGAUGCUAUUUUGAAACUGCUAAACAAGCAACGAUUGGAGCAGCUUAAGAUAAAAUGGUGGCUGAAAAACGAAGAUGAAAUCAAAUGCAGAAAGUCAAAGGAUCAAACGGAUGGCAUUACUAUUGAAAACAUUGGCGGUGUUUUUAUAAUAAUUGUUGUUGGUAUAGGAGUAUCGUUCAUCAUCCUGGUCUUUGAGUACUGGUGGUUUAAAAUUCGCAAAAGUCCCCGCGUUAUCACUGUGACCGAAUCCGCACUAUCGACCGAUGUGAAGUAAGCCGAAGGAAUCCAUUUAGGCUGAGAAACCAGAAAAUAAAUUAAGCUUUAAAAACUUUUUUCUUACAACUUGUUGUUUAUAUUUUUAUUUUAGCACAAUGCAAAUUGUUUUCUCCUACUUCUAAACCUGCACCAAAUCAAAAAGCACAACAAUUUCUGAUUGAAAUAAAUUUGCUGUGAAUAAA